AUGACAAGUUCAAUACCAGGAGGAUUACAACAACCAUUACAAGGGAUGUCCUAUAAUAGCCCUUCUUCUAAAGAUCUUUUUCGUUUAGCUAAUAUAACGUAUCAGCGACAAUCAGAAGUAUCACCUACUUAUGUUGCGGACAUACUUAGCAAGGCAACAACGACUUUAAUGACAAAGCUUACGUUCACAUUCUCAAUUAUUGACAAACCACAAGAGGGACAGAUAUACCUCAUAUCUCUAUCUCCAAACGCGGUGGACAUUCCAUCAGAUGGUUAUUAUUAUUUGGAUAAUGAACGAACAUCUAAAACAAUGUUGCCGGAUGGAAGGGAAUUGCUUUGUAUGGAAAGGUCACAAGGUUUCGCGCCAGGUGAUCAAGUAACAAGCAAAGUUAGGAGGAGGUAUCGAUUCGCAAAUGAUCACCAAGAACUUCAAUUAUUACAUUAUGCUUCACUUGACGAACGUCAGCGGCAAAUGGUUCAACCAUUUACAAGACAUCCAACACCAGGCAGAUAUCCUAUGCCACCUAUGCAAGCGGGCAUGAAUCCUUAUGGACGACCAUCGAACUCUAUAUCACCUAUGGCAAUUCAAUCACCUGGUCCUUCAUCGAUUCAUAACACAUCACCUGCUGCUAUGGCGCGUGGUCCUACAGGUACUCUCACACCAAUGGGUAAUGCUUAUCAAUUUCAAUCUCGCAUUACAGGAAGUAAUAAUCAACGUGGAAUACCGCCAGGAAUGGUAAUGCAAAAUCCAACAAAAUCAGUAGGAAGACGCACGAAAGGUGCUAAGAAUAAAGCUUCUAUCGCCUCAGUCGCAGCUGUUGCCGAAGAAAUUGAAGAGCCCUCAGGAGGUUCCAUAAUUCCACCUACUUCAAUUUAUCAAGAGCAGAAUGUUGAUGAACUAAAACAACAGUUGACUGCACAUCAAGAAGAUAUCGAAAAGUUGAAGACUGAACAUUCAAAAAAGGUCGAGGAAUUCAAACGACAUUCUAAUAUUCUAUCGAAAAGUAUGAACGAUCUUAGCAAAUGUAACACUAUGGAGUUACAAGAACGAACCGAGAAAGAAUUAGAUAUUGUAAUCCAACCUUGUAAUCCGAUUACAUUAAUACACAUUCAUAAUGGACCAGAAUCCGAUGUGGAAGAUGAGGGUCCAAAUGACAUGAUGCAAGAUGAUGUAAUAGGUGGAGAAUUGUUAAUAGAAAGGAAUCCCGAACAUAGAGGGUUAGUUGAACUUGAUCAAGAACUUUCAUCUUAUGGAGAUUUAGUAAAUACACACAAUACUUCGGGAAUCGAAGAAAUUGAAGCAUUUGAAGGAUUGAAAGAUAUUCAAGGGAUUGAAGGAAUGGGGGGAAUAGACACUUCCGGAUUACAUGAGAAUGAUUUGCAAAGGUAUUUUAGUCCUGCUAAUAUACCUGGUUUAGCAAAUGAACCAAAUCUUCAACUCGGUGGCCUUACUGGAGAUACAAAUAUCGGAGAUAAUUCGAAUUAUACCGGUGAUCCGAACAUGACUAUUAAUACCAAUUUUGGAGGAGAUUCAUCCCAGAUGUUCGAAGAUUUUAUAAAUAAUCCGGAUGAAACCAUGGACGAUGAAAUUCCAUUGGCAUAA